UUGGGGGGCAAGCACAUGUCAUGUAUAUUUAGGGUAAUACCAUGACUAAAUAAACUAAAUCUGUAUGAUUUGUGAUAAUUAUUGUUUAUUUGUGUUUCAGACUCUGGUCCUGGUCCUGGAAAUAAUGUUAGUCUACUUGAUAUGAGUGCCUGCAGCACAUCAAGUCGCAAUGACAGCAAAUGCGGUGACUUUCAAUUCACCACUCCUCUUCCAUUUCGAAAGACAAGAAAUAUUUCAUCAUCAACUCCUGAUAUGAAAGGAAGUACCAGUAAGAUUAACCCUGAUGUGGAAAAUGAGGUGUCAAGGCUCUUGGCAGAGAGAGCAGAACUUGAGAACAGACUGUGCCUGACACAGCAGGAACUCAAUGACAUGGAAAACAAAUUCCAGUCAUUGUUACAAGAAAAAGUAAGCCACGAAUCUUCCAUCACUGAUCUUCAAAAAGAAAUCCAAGGCUUGAAACAAGAAAAUGGUCUGCUAAUGGACAAAGUACAAAUAAAUGCAACAACCAAUGAUAAACUUGAAACACUAGAAGGGGAGCUCAAAACAGUCAAAGUGCUGCUGCAAGAAAAGGAAGGGAUAAUCUCUAGUCUUAAUUUUGAACUGAGCUGCGCUGCUGAAAAUUCAAGAGCUGAUCUUGAGAUGGAACAGGAGAGAAACAAGGCUCUUAGUGAAAGAAUAUCUUACCUAGAAAGAACAGUUUCAGAAGUGACAAGUAACAGAGAUGAAGUGGAAGAAGCAAACCAAACUCUUCAUGAGUUGGUGGCACAACUGAGAAGAGAGAACAUUGAGUUGAGAACAAAACUUGACAAGACAGAAGAAACAUUAGAGAUUAUCCGUAACAAACUGGCGACAACUGUUAAUGAAGGCCAGAGCAAGAUAGGUGCUCUGGAAGAAAUGUUGAGCAAAGAGAUGCUGAAAAGUAAAGAGUUUGGAGAAAAACUGGAGUUUUCCCUUAAGCAGAGCGGGGAAAAUUUUAGCAAAGCCCAGUCUAGAAUUGCUCAGCUUCAAGAGACAAAUGGAAGGUUGGAAAGCAGGAAUCAGGAGUUAGAGGCAAAGCUGUUUGAGAUAAUUGAGAAAGAACAAUCUGCAGAAGAAAGAGCAAGCUGUUUGUCAGUGGAGAAAUUUUCUCUUGAGAGCAGACUUCAAAAGUGUGAAAGUGACUAUGAACAGCGCCUUUCUAUCGCAAAUGACCAGGUGGAAUCACUUCAAAAAGAACUUCAAAAGUGUGAAGAGAUGAUGACCGAUAAUCUGAGAUCACUCACAGGCAAAUACCAAGACCUGGAAGAAUCCUACUCUUGCUUUCAAUCUGAGGCUGAAAAAGAGAAGAAUCUGAUUUUAGCUGAGCUAGAAGUCACUAGACAAUCUCUCCAGAAAAGCCAACAGGAAUCUGAUCGGCAACAGAACACGUGUGUUUUCCUCAAACGACAAAAUGAACAGAUGCAAGAGGACUGCGAUGAACUUAAUGAACAAAUACAGAGUUUAAAGGUUGAGGUGGACUCAAUGAGAGAUAUGGUGUCCCAGCAUCGACGAGACUUCGAGUCAGCCAAGGGUGAAGUGGAAUCUACUAAAGAAGAGAUGACAAAACAUGUGGAAGAAGCGGAAUUAAACAAGGCUUCUCUCAGAAAAGAACUAGACCUGGCUCACAAUACAAUCAUGGAUCUGCAAAAACGAGAAGAAACUUUAUCUCAGGAAUUACAACUCAGGCUAAGUAAUCAGAAGAAACAAGAUGAAGAACUGGAAACGGUUAAAGCCGAAAUGGACAGAGCAAAAUGUGAACAGCAAGAUACAGAAAGAAGAAUGAGGGUUGAACUCGAUAGGCAAAUAAAAUCACUUGAAGAUAAAGCUGCUAAAUCGAAAGAGGAAUUUGGAAGACGUCUUGUGGAAACCCAAAAGAAGUUAUCACAAACGGAGAUCAAUUUUGAGAAAUUUAAAAGCGAUCACGAACUGAAAAUAAAGGAGAGAGACAGAGAAAUGGAAAGGAAGCUAUUCUCCGCAGAGGAAGAAGUAAACAGACUGAAGUCUGAUUUAUCCAGCAAAACCACCAAUGAAGGCCAGUUGAAUGAACUGAAAGCUGAAAUUGAAAUGUGGCGAACUAAAUACGAGGAACUAUGUGAAAAAAUCGAACCCUUCAAGGAGCAGUUAGACGAAUUUGAAGCUGAAAGAAAUGCUCUUCUUUGUCAAAACAGUCAGGCCAAAGAUGAGGUUGCCAAACUAGGCCAGCAGUAUGCCAAGUUACUAGGCCACCAGAACAAGAAACAGAAGAUUCAUCACGUGGUAAAACUGAAGGAAGAAAAUAAUAAUCUCAAAGCUGAAAUAACGAAGCUCAGAGAUCAAGCUGAAAAACAGAAAAGGGCCAUGAAGAAAUUGGAAGAAAAAGUCGAUCAGGUUUCAGGAAAGAGAAGAUUUAAUCCUGCCGAGGCUUUUUCUCAGCACAAGAAAGAGAACAUGCCUCUUUCAGUUCUUUCAAAUGGAAAUGGAGCGGUCAAACGUUGACGUAACCUAGCAACCCUCGUCUGAGUCUGUAAAAAUCGUCAUAUAAAAUUAAAAUAUUUUUUUACAUACAAGAAGAUUCCUAAUGCCCAUAGCUGCUAAUCUGCGACUCAUUGUUCACAGCAAUCGAUGAAAGCCAGGCACUCGCUGACAGCGCAUGCUUUAUCGUCAAGAUCAUAAAGAUUUCACAGUGCAGUUGGACCCCGCUAACUGCAACCGGGUUUUUCCAGUUUCCUGUUAUUUCGAACUCAAAAUCAUUCCCGUUAGAUUUGCCCUUCAGACACUUUCUAUCGGCUAUUUUAACUAUUUCUCGUUUCCCCUGAGAGUUCGAAAUAGAGAGGUUCAACUGCAUUUCGCAUUUGCAACGUUUUGUGAUCUAAAUCCCUUUUACUUUCAAAUAUAAGGCCUAGUUGACGCUGGCGACAGUGACAUAGUAACAGAAUCGCUUAUGUCGGUAAUGUGAAUAUUGACAUAAAGAUAUCAGGGGAAGAUCAGUUUUUCUUUUCUUAUGUCUUUAUGUUCAUGCUUUUAUGUUGCUAUUAUGUCAUUAUGUCAGGAUGUUCACACUGCAAACAUAACGACAUAACGUCCUGCUUAUGUCAUUAUGUCGCUAGUGUGAAAGCGUCAAUAAUUAAUGAAGUAGACCAUAUGCAAAAAUGAUAACUUCUGUGAAAGAAAAGAAAAAGUUGCCAUAUUCACGUUAUUUGGGAGAGUACUGACCUAGUAAUGGGAUCCUUUUACGAACAUCAAAAUAUAUGAACUUGGAUUACUUUAUUAUAAAUAGUUUGCAAGAAAUGAAUCAAUACAUAUAUACGUUUUAUCGCAUUCAUUCAUACUUGUGCAGUGAAGAGGCCCUUUGCAGCUGGGGUCACGUGACCAAAUUUUUCCCAGAAAAUUUUUAUAUUAUGGGCUAAG